GGGAGAGACACAAUGCAAAUUAAAUUAAAUUAGAAACAUUGUGUGUGUGUGUGUGUGUGUGUGUGUGUGUGUGUGUGUGUGUGUGUGUGUGUGUGGGCGGUGCCUGUGUGUGUGAGGUGUAGUUGAGGAGGGAAUUCUGUAAACAGACCGAAAGUAAGUGCACAGAGAACACACAGAGCAAGCUGAGGACGCGAGCGCCAUGUCCCCAUCCCCAACUCCGUAUAAGAACCAGCACUACGACAUCCUGAAGAAGGAAUGUCAGGAGAGUAAGAAGCUGUUUGAGGAUUCAGAGUUUCCCUGCAAUAACACAUCGCUGUUCUACAAAACGCCUCUGCCUGGGAGAGUCGAGUGGAAACGGCCCGGGGAGAUAAGCGAGAGCCCUCAGCUUUUCGUCGAAGGAAUCAGUUCUCAUGACCUGAAUCAGGGUGAAGUGGGAAACUGCUGGUUCGUUGCAGCUUGUUCUUGUUUGGCUGGUAAACCAGAUCUGUGGCAGAAGGUGAUUCCUAACUGGAAAGAGCAGGAAUGGGAUCCCAAACAUCCAGACCGCUAUGCAGGAAUCUUCCGCUUCAAUUUCUGGAUUUUUGGGACAUGGACAGAAGUGGUUGUGGACGACCGUUUGCCCACCAUCAACGGGAAACUGAUUUACUGCCACUCGAAAUCCAAAAAUGAGUUCUGGAGCCCUCUGCUAGAGAAGGCGUAUGCCAAAUUAUCAGGCUGCUAUGAAUCACUCAGUGGAGGGAACACAGGAGACGCUGUGGUAGAUUUCAGCGGUGCUGUAAAUGAAAGUAUUAGUCUGGAAAAAGGAAACUACCGCACUGAUCCCAAAGUGAAGGACAAACUCUUCUCAGACUUGCUCAAAGUGUACGAACAGGGAGGCAUCAUCAGCAGCUCUAUCACGGCAUCUCCUGCAGAGCGGGAGCUGCGUUUGGCAAACGGUCUGGUCAAAGGUCACGCAUACUCUGUGACAGCAGUGAAGAGGGUGCGGCUCGGACAUGGCCUGCUGGCCUUCUUUAAGAAUGAGACCAUCCCUCUGAUCCGCAUGAGGAACCCAUGGGGUAAACAUGAGUGGAAUGGACCUUGGAGUGACAGCUCAGAGGAAUGGCAGAAGAUUGGGAAUAUGGAGAGAAAUACGUUGGGUAUCACUGUGGAAGAUGAUGGAGAAUUCUGGAUGUCUUUUGAUGACUGGUGUCAGAACUUCACAGACGCAGAUGUGUGUCGGUUGAUAAACACAAGUCUGCUGAGUGUUCAAAAGAAUUGGAAUGAGGCGGUGCAUUUUGGUGACUGGAUGAAACACUCAGAUCCUCUCAAGAACCGAUGUGGUGGCUGCAUGAACCAUAAGGAGACAUUCCUCCAGAACCCACAGUAUGUGUUGGAUAUCUCUCAGGAGGAAGAAGAGGUGUUGGUGUCACUGCAGCAGAGAGAUAUGAAGAUCCACAGACCUCGUGGUGCUGGUGAAAACCUCACCAUCGGAUUUGCCAUCUUUAAGGUGGAGCUGAACAGGAAGUACCGCAUGCAUGACAUCAUCACCCAGCAGAACGUCGCCACAUCCACGUACAUCAACGCACGCACCGUGUUCAUGAGGGAAGUUCUGCGUAAAGGUCGUUACGUCAUCAUCCCGUCCACCUUCAAACCGGACACCCUGGGGGAGUUCAUGCUCCGAGUUUACACGGAUAAAGACGCUGGGUGCAAGGAGCUGGAUCAGGAUAAACCUCAUGUGAGCUGCUGGAGUUCGUUUCGCGGUUACCCUCAGCUGGUUACUCAUAUUUAUGUUCAGAGAGCAGAAGGACUCGAAAACCAAGACAGAAGUGGAGGUGCAGAUCCCUACGUCAUCAUCUCCUGUGAGAACAAAUCAGUCCAGUCUGUGGUUCAGAAAGACACGCGAGACCCGAUAUUCGACACCAGAGCCAUUUUUUACAGGAAGAAACCACGGAAACCAAUAACUGUGCAGGUCUGGAACAGUAAUGCCAUAAAGGAUGAGUUUAUGGGUGAGGUGGUUCUCCCAGCGUCUCUGAAGGAUUCCACAGACCCCCAGAGGCUGAAGCUGAAGCAAGGAGCGUCUCAGACAUCUGAGGAGAUGCCGGGGACCAUCAGCCUCCGAGUGGUGACGUCCAGACAGCUCACGGCCAUGUAGCGCUAACGUAACACACUCAGAGACACGGCGUCACGAAUACACACUGCUAUAACAAAACACACUGUGGGAUUUAAUCAUGUUUUGGUUUCCUGCCUCGUUACGGCACUCCAUCGUCACUCUACAGACACACACACACACACACACCGGUGCACUGUGGGAAUUUGACAUCUGAAUAGGGCCUGGGUUCGGAUUUAUUAUCAGUCUGUAAUGAAGGCUGUCUUUGUCUGAUGAAGGCAGACAUUUUUAAACACAUGAGGUUUUUUUGUUAUAAAGUGUAAAUGUAAGUCAAAACGUCGAGUUCACGGCUUUUACACUCAAAACCAAACAAACAAAACAUUCCUGCAUUUUCGUCUUUCUAGAAAGAAUUCUAAAUCUAAAUCUUCGAUUGUUUGUACCAUUUCUAAAUUAACACAUUGUUUUAUUCUGAAGAGUCGAAUCUUUUGAGGCUUUUUUUUCUAAGAUUCAGACAAUAAAAACAUUCAUUUUGCUAUAAAGAUACCAAGAGCACAAACCCGAACAGAAACACAGCUUCAGCUUCGGCGCUUGGACUCCGACAGACCAUAUUAACGAACUUAUAGCCUACAGUAUCACAGUAUUAAUUAAAGAUAAUCAUAUCACAGGAUAAAUGAUUAAUGACAUGCAGCAGAAAUGUUAAAUACACAAUCAUUUCUGUGUUUUUAUCAUAUUUUGUGCAAUAAUGUGUAUGUUGAGCCGUUGGUGUGCAGGCUGAGGGGAGCCACAAUAUUUCAACGUAACUUGUAAUUAAUGAAGCAAAAUAAAAAUAAAAAAUAACCAUGCAUGAAAACUUAAUUCCAAUAUAUAUAUAAUUUACUAAACAAUACACAAUAAACAUAUGAACAGAUUUAGUAAGUAUAAA